AGCUAAAAACCUACGCAGAAGAUGUCAAGACGGGAGAUGUCGGCAAGAUGACAAGCGUUCGCAUGACGCUGGUCUCAUUAGAAUUAAUAAAAACAGAAAAAAAAUUUCAUUCCCCGUGUCUUUAUUAAGUGACAAAAAUAGUUGUGUUAAAAAAUUGUGUUUACUAUAUCUGUCAGAAGGGGAAAAAAAAAAAAAAAAUUUGUGUUUCUCUUCGUGAUUUUUUCGAUGCCGCCCUCUCCCCCACCCUAUAUCCCUAAAAGAAAAGUCCAUUGACGUCGUGACAAUCAUCCUUUUUUUUCUCUCUCUCUCUCUCACUCCAAUUCUUGCUCUUUAAAUUCUCUGUUUAUAAAUAUAUAUAUAUUUAAAUGUAUAUAUACACCUAUUGUGUAGACGAUCGUCGUCAUCAUCGUCGUCACCGUCGUCAUAUCGAAAAAUCUACAAAAUGUCCAUCUAAAUAAGUGUGUGCGGUUCAAAAAAAAAAAAAAAAAAAAAAAAAAAUCGUACAAAAAUUAUUUUGUGUAUUUUUGAGUGUCAUUUGGAUUUAUAGAAGAGAAAAUAAGGGAUAUGAGCAUUUUCGGUGAUUUCCAGAGGGUCUGGGUCCAACGAUUCCCAGACAGCGCCCUGCCGGCCGCCUGGGAGGAAGACGUCAGAGCCAAUCUCGUCAAACACCAACACAAGGUCGCUGCUUUGAGGGAAGAACUCGAGAAAGAGGAAUUUUACGUGGAAUAUCUUGAGAGGUUACUCGCCGAUGUUGAACGACAUAAACGAUUAGCAAAUAAUUCAACAACCGAAUCAAAAGCAUCGUGUACAGAAUCACCAAGUCAAAGUUUUCAUACCGCCGAAAAUAGUCUCAAUGAAUCGUCAACGAUAAAAAAUAACGAAAAUGAAAAUACCGUCGAUACAAAUCCAGUACGUGAGGAUAUUAGUACACUGCAGGAUAAAUGUGUUUCGGAAUUGAGUUCAACAUUAAAUUGUCAUCGACGACCCAAAAGUGAAAUACCACGAAGUCCCGAGAAAGUACCUGAAUUUCGAAGGAACAGUAAUCCAGACGUACCGAGUAAUUAUGUCACAGUCAUUGAAGUCACUGGUAGUUCGAAAAAGGAGAAAAACGAGGAGACCGUCAAGGAUGAGGAGGAAAAGGUGGAUUCAGAUGAAAAGGUGACGAACGAAGACGCUGAGGAUGGAGAUGCCGAAGCUUCAGAAGAGGAACCUUAUUAUGAUUCCGUAGCUCUGGAUCAAACGGGAGAAUAUGUUUACAUUGAUUCGAGAGUAACGGCUAAUGAGAAUAAUGGUAAUAAACUUCCGGUACGGAGGCCGCCCUCCUUACCAGAAUCACCAGGGAACCAAAGUAACUACGUCAACAUUGACUACUUCAUCCAGUUCCUCAGGCACAGGGCCGCGAUGGACAGUGAGGACGAGGAGGGUCCAAGUCCAGCGCCACCGAUCCUCCUUCGUGCUCUUUCAACAGACAACGAGACAGGAAGUAGUGACGCUGAACCGCUAAGUUUGAGUGAAGGGAGCUUAGAGUCACCCACACCAACGACACCAAGACGUCAGGAAAAGGGCAAAGAUGGCGAAGACGAUCGAACAUCAAUGGUCAAGUGUAUCGUCAGUUCUGUCAUCGAAAGUGAGACCAUCUAUGUUGAAUGUCUAAAUGUCAUGUUACAAUACAUGAAAGCAAUUAGGGCGACUUUAACCACAUCCCAACCGGUAAUAUCAGAAGAGGAAUUUGGAACAAUGUUCUAUAAGAUACCCGAACUUCAUGCAAUACAUCAAACAUUUCUUGAGGGUCUGCGCAAGAAAAUGGAGAAAUGGGACUGUAAAACGACAGUUGGGGAACAAUUUAAGGUGAUGGGUAGCAAUAUUGGUGUUUAUGGUGCAUUUUUGCAUAAUUAUGCCAGAGCAACAGAUACUGUACGACGAUGUUCACAUCAUUCGGCCCAAUUUGGUGAAAUUACCAGGGACAUUAGAUUACGGGGAUUUCCAAAGGGACCGGGAUUAUCACUCGAGGAUUUAUUACAUAAACCAGUUGCACGAGUUCAAAAGAAUGCCCUCGUUCUCCAUGAUCUACUUAAGCAUACACCAUCAACGCACGCGGAUCAUGCACCACUAACUGAAGCCCUGGCAAUGACGAGAAAAUUCCUCGACGAGUUUAACAUUAUUCAAACCAAAUCUAUGUUCCCGAGUCAUGAUCGAGCACAACGGCGACUUGUCAAGAACUCAUUCGUAGUCGAAUUAGCCGAUGGACAUCGAAAAUUACGUCAUCUCUUUCUCUUUAACGAUGUGAUUGCUUGCGCCAAAUAUAAAGCGUCCGGACGUGAAAAGUUCACCUUCGAGCUAAAAUGGUAUAUUCCAGUAGCGGAAGCAAUGGUCCUUGAGGACGGUAUCGAACCUAGAGAAAAUAGUCCUGCUAACGUUGUAGCCCUCAGAUCACAGGCGUGCACCGUAAGAGAUCAAAUUUUAUGGGAGGAGCGUAAUGAUGAGAAGAGAAUUCGCAUUGGCAGUAGGGGUACGGAUAAGAAUAGAAAAAAACUUGCCGAAUUAGAAGCCCAAUUGGUAUUGGCAUCACCAAAUUUAGUAUUACGAGUAUCGCAUAAAAGUCAAAAUCGAAUGCAAAAUUCGUAUACAUUUUUUCUCUCGAGUGAAUUUGAACGUUCACAAUGGAUUGAGGCUGUUGAGGCAUUACAACAGGGUGGUCAACCACCGGGUUCAUUGCCAUUGACAAUGUACGAACUACAGGCAUGGGUAACGGCGUGUCGAACAUAUUUGCAAACCGACAUGGGAAGUUAUUUACUUCGUUCGCGACGGGACGAGAGUCUUUUACUUGGUGAUUUACAUUUAACUCUACUUGGUCUCACACCACCAGGACUGGACAGAACUGGAGAUCUCUAUAUUAUUGUCGAGGUCGAUAGUUAUGGUCAUUACUUUAAGCGUGCACGAAGUCGAGUUGCUCGAGGUCAAGCGCCCACUUGGGGAGAAACAUUUGUAGUGGAACUGGAGGGUUCCCAAAAUUUAAGGAUUCUUUUGUACGAGGAGUGUGGAACACGUUCUGUUUUGCGGGGUAAAUGCACUCAACGAUUGAGUAGAUCAUGGCUAUUGGAAAAUCAAGUCGAUCAGGUACUUAAAGCAUUGAAUUUAGGUCCUGCAACACUUGACGUAUCAUUGAAAUUUGUACCAAGUGAAGUUACCUUAAGGAGAGUGCCCUCUGCAAAACCGCAGGGACUCUUUGGCGCAAAAAUCCAGCAAGUUUGCAAACGGGAGAAGCGAGAUGUGCCUUUCAUUGUUACGGCUUGCGUUCGAGAAGUGGAGAGGCGAGGUGUCGGUGAAGUAGGUCUUUAUCGUGUGUCCGGUUCGGCAUCCGAUUUGGCGAAAUUACGAAAAUCGUUUGAAAGCAAUUCUUACGAGGCUGAACAACUUCUCAAGGAGGUGGACGUGCAUUCGGUGACGGGAGUACUGAAACUUUACCUACGAGAAAUGCCUGAGGCAUUAUUUACCGACGCCCUGUAUCCAGCAUUCCUCGAAGCAUUUCAAACUGGUGAGGUAUCACGUAAUGGGGCAUUGCGCCGAGUUUACGAAGGUUUACCAACAGUUAACAAAGCUGUGAUCGAUUUCCUUCUAGCUCAUUUAAUUCGCGUGAAUAAGCACGAGGCUCAAAACAAAAUGUCAUUGCAUAAUUUAGCGACCGUAUUCGGUCCAACUUUAUUGCGUCCCGGAACAAGUAAUCGUACAGAUCAAAAAAGUCGUGAUCCACUUGCAGCCGGUACCGUUGAUGUUAUGGCUCAAGCCGGUAUACUUUAUUGUUUUCUACAAAUGCAAAUGCAGACGCAACAAAGCAAUCAAUCACUCUAGUCGAGAGUUUCGUACCGAUCAAUCAAUAUUUUUUACCAUACACUUUCGUGUCCCUUUUUUUCCCCCAAUACCCCUCCAAAAAAUAAACCAACUAGAAGCUUGGAAAAUAUAUCUACAUGCUUCGUUUAUUUAAAGUUAACCAGAAAUGUUUGUGGACCUCGAACAAUAUAGUUUCAGCAAAACUACCAUUGCUGAUAGACAUUUCUAUAUUGUCUUCAGUACCAAGUCACACACACACACACACACACUCUGUUAUUUAGUAGUGUGUAACAGAAAGUGAUAUAUUUUAUACUUUGCGAUUGUAUUUUUAGACGUGUCUCCUCUCACGUCGGUCUUUUUCGAGAAAAAAAAAGGAACGCUUUUUUUAAAUAUAUAAUAAAGGGAAUAAGAGGUCAAUGCUUCGAAAAGUGUACACUUUUUGCAUUUACGCGUUCCUAAAAAAAUAUAUAUAUAAAUAUAUGUAGACAAUUCUAAUAACGAUGCAAAAAAAAAAGAAACCAAACCUUUGUGAUCCUUUUAUAUAUACUUAUUAAUGUAUACUUGUCAAAUUCUUGAGAUGACCUCUCUCCCCGUUUUUUUUAUAGAACCUUUACAAAGAAAAUAAAGAAUACAAAGAGUAUAAAAAAUUAUUCUUUAUACUCGAAUGGUGUUGAAUGCUUCUCCUUCGCUUCAAGACUGAUUUUCCCGUCUCUGGUUAAAUUUUACUAGACUCUCGUUGGAUAUUUUUUUAGCCAAAUUAUACACAUUUUUUGAUAGUAAAAAAUAAAAGAAAAAACAAAACAAAACAAGGAAAAAUUAUUUCAAAAAAUAAUUUACGAUCAUUAGGUAUGAAAUAUUAAAAAAAGUAGUUUUUUAUCAAAAAGUCGAGAUUAAAUCUAUCAGUUGUGUUAGACAAUAUUCGAUAAUAUAUUAAUAUAAAUAAACUGUACUAAUAUAAUGUCAUUAAUGCAUGAGAUUUGGAUAAUGCAAAAAAAAAACAAAUUUAGCUUUAGAUAAAAUGUUUAACAUUUUAUUUUCCACUUUUUUUUCUAAUUGAGAGUGUUUAUCGAAAUUUUUGUGUGUGUAGAAAUUGUUGAAUGCGCGUGUGAAAAAAUGACAUGAGGACGCUUCUGCGCAUGCGUCGUAGAUCAUUGAUUAAAAAGAAAAAACAAGUGUACAAACAUGCGCAGAAUUAGCCAAAGGAUUGUACGCGUGCGCAAUAGCAAUCGGCUUGCCUUAGAUUAUGCGCAAUAGUUGAAAAAAUUUUCUAUAACUACGCAGUAGAUCAAAAAAGUGCUCUUUCUUUGUGCGCAGUAGAUCAAAAAAGAUAUUUUCUAUAAAUGCGCUUUAGUAACAAACGAAAAAAAAAUUUUUCUAUUCAUGCACAGUUAGAAUAAACAAUGUUUUUGAUCCAGAAAAUUAUUUUAUUUCUGCGCAAUCGAUCACAUUUUUGUUCAUAUUCGUGUGCAAUGGAUCGAACAGUGUUCUAAUUAUGCGCAAUGGAUCAAAAAGUGAUCAGAAUGCGCAGUAGAUCAGACAGAAUUCUGCUUCUGCGCAAUAGAUCAGAAAAUGCUCAAUACAUGCGCAGUAGAUCAGAAAAUGUGCAAUCUAUGCGCAGUAGAUCAGACUGCAUUCCACUUUUGCACAAUAGAUCAAAAAGUGCUCAAUACAUGCGCAGUAGAUCAGACAAUGUUCAAUCUAUGCGCAGUAGAUCAGAAUGCAUUCUAGAUCUGCGCAAUAGAUCAGAAAGUGUCCAAUCUAUGCGCAGUAGAUCAUCAAGCACUUUGUAGAGCAAAAAAUAUUCUCUCUUGCGCAGUAAAUCAAAAAAAAUUCUAAAUGUGCAUAAUAGUUAAAAGUAAAUGUAUUUUAUUCAUGCGCAGUAGCAGCUAAACGACUUGGGGAUCAAUUUUUUAAAGAAUUUUUUGAUAAAAAAAAUGAAGUAAAUUUAAUGAGAGAUGCCUGUAUAAUCAACAGUCUAUUCAUAUAACCUGAAACAAUCCUGCCGACGCACAUUCCGAAAGAAAAAUAUUUGUCAAUCUUUUUUUCAAAAUUUUUUGUGGAAAAAAGAAUUUUUUUCUGUUGUUCUCAAAACAAUUAUUGUCAUAACAAAUAAUUGUUAUUUUAAAUUAAAUAAUAGACUUUUCUCUUAAAUUUGAGUAGAUAUUUCGAUGAAAGUUUUAUGAAUAGAAAUUCUUUUUUUUUUUUAAUAUAUUGUAACAUUUUUUUGUUUGUUUGUUUAUUACAUGUGUAUGUUUGAAGAUUUGCACGUGCAUAAUAUAUUGUGUAAUUGUAAUGUAAGGAUAAUGUGCGUGACCCAAAUAAAAAGAAACCGCCUUUUGUAUAGGUAAUGUACCAAUUAUACAUACAAAAUAUUUUUCUCCAUUGUGUAAAAAAUUCUCGAAAUUUUUUUUUCAUUCUUUCAUUACAAAAAAGGAAAAGAAAUUUCGAAAUAUUUUUCGCGCGUUUUUGUACAUUUUCGCGAAGUGUAAAGACGAUUAAUCAUCACGAAUAUAAUAUUAGAGCAUUAAAUAUAUAUUGUACAUGUAUAAUUAUAUUAUAA